CAUGGGCGGAUGGGGAUCCGCGCUCUUGGCGCGGCGGAUGAAUCCGGGGCUCGGCGGGCCGAGCCCGGAGCGCGGGGCUCUCACGGGCCGCUCCCCCCCGCUCCGCCCAUGGCCUCCCCGCUGGAGGACCCCGUCCUGAUCCGGCCUUUCCGCGGCCACACGGCGGCGGUGACGGGCGUCGCCUUCGACGCGAACUCGGCGGGGAUGGUUACCUGCUCUGCGGAUAGGCUUCUUAUAUUGUGGAAGCUGAAUACGCAGUGCGGUGCCUACAGAUUUUCAGGCCAUGCGGAAGCGGUGACAAGCGUAGAGUUCUCACCAGAUGGGCAGGUGCUGGCUUCAGCUUCUCAUGAUCACACUGUCAGGCUAUGGAUUCCUUGCAUUCAUGGAGAAUCAUCAGUAUUGAAAGGUCAUACAGCAUCUGUUCGGAGUGUGAGCUUCUCCCAUGAUGGCUGCUCUGUAGUUUCAGCAUCCAAUGAUAAAUUAAUAAAAAUAUGGAGUGUUUGCUAUCAGCGCCUUUUGUUUACCCUAUUCCAACACACUGGUUGGGUUCGCUGUGCCAAAUUUUCACCUGAUGGAAGAAUAAUAGCAUCUUGUGGUGAGGACAAAUCUAUUAACAUCUGGGAUACAAGAAAUAAAAUUUGUGUUAAUAGCUUCUCAGAUUAUGAAGAAUUUCCAACUUUUGUGGCUUUCAACCCAAGUGGAACAUGUAUAGCUUCUGCAGGUUCCAAUAGCACAGUGAAACUAUGGGAUAUUCGAACAAACAAGCUACUGCAGCUUUUCAAAGUUCACAGAGCAGGGGUUAAUUGUAUAUCAUUCCAUCCUUCUGGUAACUACCUCAUCACUGCUUCUUCUGAUGGUACCCUUAAGAUUCUGGACCUCUUAGGAGAAAGACUUAUUUACACUCUUCAUGGACACAAGGGACCUGUACUUUGUGUAGCUUUUUCAAAAGGCGGUGAAAAUUUUGCCUCAGGUGGAGUGGAUGCUCAGGUAUUACUGUGGAAAACCAACUUUAGUACUUUGAAUUAUGAAGAAGUUCUCAAACACAAUUUUAGAAGAACACGUAUUGAUGAUUCUCCUCAUCUUCUUGAUGUUUACACAAGAUCAUCUCAUUUCCAUGAUGAAAAACGUAAGUCAGUGGAGGUCAACCCUACCUUUGAUGUGCCUGAUACACAAACACCUGACCCAGUUAUCAUCGAUAUUAGAACAUCUUCAUAUAUCAGUACUCCUGAUGUUGGCAGAAGUGAAGAACUGCAGAGUCCCUCCGCUUCUUUCUCAGCAAUAAGUUCAAAAAGCAAAGCAGAGAGUGAAAGUGGGUCAGCUGUGCAUAGCGUGGGACAGCACAGAGGCAUCCCCUCCUCCGUGGACUGUGCUUUGGACCACAUUGUGGGGCAGCUGGAGAUGUUAACUCUAACUAUUUCAGUCCUGGAACAACGUCUUACGUGUACGGAAGAUAAAUUGAAAAAAUGCAUAAGAGAUCAGCAAAAAAUGUUACUUAAGGGAAAACGGAACUAAUAAAAUACAAAAAUGAA